CGCGGCUGCGGAAGCUGAAGGGGCUGAGAUUAUUAGUUUGUGGCUCCGGGGUUGAUUCACCUUCUCCUGGGCAGAGCCCCGGGCCACCCGCAGAAGAAGCCAGGCGAGCAGUAAAACAUGAACGGAAGAGUGGAUUAUUUGAUCACUGAAGAAGAGAUCAAUCUUACUAGAGGACCCUCAGGGCUGGGCUUCAACAUCGUCGGUGGGACAGAUCAGCAGUAUGUCUCCAACGACAGUGGCAUCUACGUCAGCAGCAUCAAAGAGAAUGGGGCUGCGGCCCAGGAUGGGCGGCUCCAGGAGGGUGACAAGAUCCUCUCGGUAAAUGGCAAAGACCUAAAGAACCUGCUGCACCAGGAUGCCGUAAACCUCUUCCGUAAUGCAGGCUAUGCUGUGUCCCUGAGAGUGCAGCACAGGUUACAGGUGCAAAACGGACCUACAGGCCAUCGAGGUGAAGGGGAGCCAAGUGGUAUUCCCAUAGCUAUGGUGCUGCUGCCAGUGUUUGCCUUCACCGUGGUAGCAGCCUGGGCCUUCAUGAGAUACUACCGGCAACAGCUUUGAAAGGCUUGUUCUCUUCCAGCUCCCAGUGAACUUAACGUUCCUCUCACCUUCCUUCCCUGCCAGUCUCCCACAUCUUUCCUUCUCUCUGUGUAGCCAAAAUAUGAUUUAGAGUGAAUGAUUCCUACCAUGAACUUUGCUGUUCAAAAUCCCAAGUCUUCGUAUUCUAAUGGGGGAGUAAAGGUAUUGUUUGAAGGAAAGCUGAAGAAAAGACUUGCAUAGAACAAGUGAGGAGUUACAUAUUUCACCAGGACUGCCCAUCGAAAUUCAGCUACCGCCCAAAGAGGGAAAAGUCCAGUCUUCCUGUCACCAUGGGUGAUACUUUCUUUCUUUGCUGGUGUGUCUUGAAAGCCAGCUGUAUGACAUGAGAGGAAGAGGGGAUUUUUCUUUUAAUGAUCUUCCUUGAGAAGUGUUUCUGGCCUUUAUUUAAUUUCUAAUUACAUACCUUUGUGCCUGUUUUGGACACAGGAUAUUGCGAAGAGCUUUUUACUUUUUGAAAAAAGCCAAUACAUAUAUACAGUACAUAUACAUGUGCAUAUGUGAUAGUAUAAUAUUGAUGUCUUGUGAAGAAUUAAAGAGGUAAGAAAGCUACUCUGUGGUUUCUAGGUUUCUGAUCUAAGGAAUGAUUUAAACUGAAGAACAUAAAAAACUAUUUGUAGAACCUAUGUAGUGGGAAUGAGAGUGUAAACUUAAAAAGUGAAUGCUCAGUCUUCUUCUCAGAAAAGCUGUGGUAAAACUGAGGUACAGUGCCAUAAAACAGCUCUGCUUCAGUGAAUCUGUUAAAAAAAAAACCUCUGGGGUUUAAAGAUAAGUCUUACCAGUAUCUCUGGGCUACCAUAGUGACUUUUGUGGUACCCCACAGUGCUGUGAAAAGGUCAGCUGGGAUGAUUGUGGUCAGGGCUUUAGCAGUGAGUCAAACCAACCCAAUGAGAGAACUCUAAAAGGACAGGAGAUUAGGCCUCAGUUGUAUUACCUGAACCAUCUCAGGCUACCUUUGAGUGUUUUUGGUUUCUAGUAACAGGAAAAAACUGAGAGAAAGCAUAAAAUUAUCUCUGUUCUGAUUUAGUUAUGGUCUGGACCACCAGUUUUUCUUUUAAAAAACUGGCUUUUAAUAAGUUAAACUGUCAGAGAAGGGGAGAAAAAUGAGUUUUACUUAGUGGGUGUUUCCUAGGGAAAAUCCUGGGAGCAGAUUAUGGAUGAAUGGAAGCGAUGAUAUACCAAGAAUAUUGGUGAGGUGGGAACUAUCCCAAUCAUAUGACGUUUAGGUAAGUUUUGAAGCACUGAGGUUAGCUAAACCCAAGGCUAAUUUCUGGCUUUAAUUUCCAUUCUCUAGACAGCUGGCCAGACUAGGCUUUAUAUCAUUUUGAAAUAUGAUUAUGAGGACUUUUUUUUUUAGACAGUCAGUUAUAUCCAGUUUUAGAACGUACAGUCUAGCAAUCAUUUAACAAAUGCUGGUUGGAUGUCAGCUUUGUCAGGACUCUUUUACAAAGAAGUAAAAUACAUGACCUUCAUCCUAAAGGGUGAUUUGAUUCAGUUGGGAAGAAUAUGCUUAAAAUAGAAUUAGUCACAUAAGUAAGCCAAUGUAAGUUGGUGUUAAGUUUAUACUGCAGACUCUUAAGAGAGAAUAAUUCAUUACUGAGAAUUUGAGGCAGUUCAGAAAGUCCCAUGGAGAAAGGGAACAAGCUAAGGACCCUUGAGGAGCUGACAGUCUAGUUGAACGAGAGAUUUCAUGAAUAGAUGAAAUGUUAAGAGUACUGUAUAUCAUCAGGUUAAGUAACCAUUGAAAAAAAGUGUUACCGUGCAAAGCAUGAUGUAGAACAAAGAAGAUGUACAGAUGACCAUCAUCUUAUUUGUUAGAAAUUUGGAAAAGGAAAGCUGUCACAUAAUGGCAUCAGGCCAGAAUGGAAAGGGAUAGCUUUUAAAAAUAAAGGAUCCCUGCCUCUGGGUCAACUAUUGAUGUAGGGAGAAUCUUGCUGUUAAUAGUCUUGGCAUAUCUUUUGCCUUUCAACCUGAACUGUUUGGUACUUUUCGAGGCCCAUUUAGAUAGCCAGACUCACUGUGGGUUCCACAGAGAAACACCAACACUAUUCCAGUUCUCAUCUCCCCACUUUGGAAGCCUAACCUCUAGUGCCCUUACCUCCCAGAUUCCCCUCAGGCCUUGGACAUUAACACUGAAAAGACCUUGUGAUAUACAAAAUGGAGCAAAUGGAAAGUAGGAAAGAAAACUAUUUAGAUUUUUUUGUUUGUAUAUAAAAUAAGCACCUAGUCCAUUGUUGGUAAAAGUUUGCUUUGGUUGACAAUAGGGAUUCUGUUGCACUUAAAUUUAGGUUUUCUUGGAAAUGAAAUAGCAUUUGAAAACCAAACAUUUUAAGGCCUUAUGCAAAAAUGCUAUUCAUUGUACUCAUUAUAUGGAAACUAAAAAUUAUUAUAAUAGGUGAGGUAUCAGAAUCCAUUAUAGGUUAUAAAAAACUUAUGCUAUUUAUAGACUGAAUCUAAUAUUUCUACCACCGAAAUUAAUAAUGUUGAAAGCUUUGAAAAUUAAAUAUAGGUAUUUUCAAGACCCUAUA